AUGUGUUCCGCUGAGGCCCAACACAUAGUUCGCUAUUACCAUUCCCGCAUAUCGAUGGCACAUUCAGGUCAGCUUUUACAGGAAAAACUAUGGCUUCUGGUGAGGAUGAGUAUCCGUAUGGCUGUCGCUUUGGCAAUUGGGCUCAGUGUCUGUGUGAUAACAGUAUCAUUGGUAAUAGUUGGUGUAAUUUUCAAUGAUAUCAGCAAUUUACAUAAUGAUGUCAUGGAUGAAAUGAAAGAAUUUAAGGCGGUAGUGGACGAUACAUGGACAAAAAUUGUGCAACUUCAUUCCCAAUCAUCCGGAAAAACUUUUUUCCUUCGUAGUUCUAGCAGUACUUUUCUGAAAAGGAUGAAACGAGAAUUUAAAAGAUGCUACUGUGAUAAGCUAAAGAAUUGUCCACGAGGUCCACCAGGUCCAAGAGGAGAUAAGGGAGAAAAGGGUUUAGAUGGCGAGCCCGGAAAUGAUGGUCCUAAGGGAGUAGCAGGCAUAGCACUUCUCGUCACGUAUGACAUUCCGGGUGGCUGUAUCAUUUGUCCUACUGGACCCCCUGGACCACCAGGACCCGAUGGAUCUAGGGGAGAACAGGGACCAAUCGGGCAAAGAGGAUCGGUGGGGAAUCCGGGAAAGCCUGGAUUGAAAGGACCAUGUGGAUUACCUGGUAAGAUCGGAGAACCAGGAGCUAAUGGACCUCCUGGCAAACCUGGACCGAACGGAUGCAAUGGAAAAAAGAGUAUCAGCACAGCUGGUCCAAAAGGAGAAACUGGUGCUCCUGGUUUAUCUGGACAGAUGGGAGCGAAAGGCAAAGAUGGAACUGAUGGUAUAUCUGGAGAACCAGGCAAAGCUGGUCGGCCUGGAAAUGAUGGUAAACCUGGCAAAAAAGGACGUCCGGGACAGGCAGGUUCACCAGGUAUACCAGGACCAGAUACACAUUACUGCCCUUGUCCAGAACUUUCACAGAGAGAAAAUCGGAAGUAA